AUGGCUUAUUUACUUCCACACUUGAAUUCUGGAUGGGCUGUUGAUCAGGCAAUAGUAACAGAGGAGGAUAGAAUUAUUGUGAUACGGUUUGGACAUGACUGGGAUGCAACUUGUAUGGAAAUGGAUGAAACUUUGAGUAAAAUUGCGGAAAAAGUAAAGAAUAUGUGUAUUAUUUAUUUAGUGGAUAUUACUAAAGUACCAGAUUUUAACAAAAUGUAUGAAUUAUAUGAUGCCUGUUCGGUGAUGUUUUUCUUUAGAAAUAAGCAUAUUAUGAUAGAUUUAGGAACUGGUGAUAAUAACAAAAUUAAUUGGGCAAUAACUGACAAACAAGAAAUGAUUGAUAUUAUUGAAACUGUGUAUAGAGGAGCUAAAAAAGGAAGAGGUUUGGUUAUUUCACCAAAAGAUUAUUCAACGAAACAUAAAUUUUAA